ACCGAAGGGCGCUGACGCCCUCUGGUGAGAAGUCUUUCCCCCCCAAAACAUGGUCUUAAUAUUGGACUCGGAAGACGUAGAUGGAGGAUUCACUGUGCUCACCUGUGAAUCUGAUGUUUAUGUUGACUGCCAUACAAAGUCAAAUCCUUACUGGAUUGUAGAGCCUUGAUAAUACCUAGGCUCUAAAAAUGUAACUUUUUUGUUUAUCAAGCUACGAUAACGUAAAUUUGUUCUUAACUUUUUAAGAAAGUUAAGUUCGUUUUUAAAACAACAAAGGGGAUGAUAUUUUUUCAAACUUAAAAUGGGCUAUAAAUGAAGUAGCACCUAAGUCGGUGAAAUGUCAAUGAUAACAUUUAAAAGGGUCAGUUUUCACGGGCAAGCCCGUUAUUCUGGAUGUUUUAGUUCGUAACAGUCAUGCAUUUUGCCUAAUCCAGACAUAACUAAUUCUACACUGCCAACAAACAUUAUUUAUAACUGUCUUGCCAGGGAUUCUCUUCGGACCAAUUUUACGUUUAGUUUGGGGGGCUAGAGAGGGAAAGGAUAGCUGGUAGAUGGAAAACAAGUGGUUUAGCAAUUCAGUCACGUGACGGCGCUGCGGAAGCAGUGAAGUUUUUCGGUGGAUUUUCUUUUUUUAAAACUACUCCCACGAAAACAAGCGUGAGAAAAUGACCGCAUCCUUAAGUGCUCUGCAGAAAUCAGAUCCCUGGCACGUUUCUUUGGAAUACCGCUAAAUUACAAAUAAAACCAAGACAUUUUAGCUGGCGUGCAAGCAGGUUCUCUGCAGUCUGUCAGGUGGAGCCAGUUUUGGAGUAGACAUGAUCUGACGAGCUGUACUCCAGCGCCAGAGCUUCUACGGUCCCAGUGGGUUCCACCAUGAGCUCAGGAGUGACCCCCCACUCGGUCUCUGAGUGGCUCACCGUGCUUCACCUGGAGCAGUACGUUAAGGCCUUUGAGGGAGAGGGCUAUGACUUAAUCUCCGAAUGCCGCGGCCUGACGGCAGGGGACCUUGAACAGGUUGGAGUGGUCCUACCUGGCCACCAGAAGCGCAUCUUGGCCAGCCUCCAGAAGAUCUUCUCUGUGGCUCAGGAGGGCGAGAAACCUCUUCCCAUGCCAAGGAAGAUAUACCGCUUACCAAAUGCCAGAAACGAUCAGAAAGAUGUCUUAUCUCCUGACCCACCUGAGGUUGGGAGCCCCAGAUUCAUGGACUCUAGCAUUCUGGGAAAGGGUCCACCUCCUAUACCCCCAAGGGUGACCCCGAAUCGCCCCCCUCUCCGAUUUACCCCCGCUGUGGCCCCGACGCCUUACCCACGGCCAGACACCCUGGCUUUGAAUACCGCAGCUCUAGAACAGCAGCCGCUGCCCAAGAAGAGCUCCCCUUCUCCGGUGUCUGAACAGUGUCAUCUCUAUGAGCAGUGCUCUUCCCCAGGGCAGACUGACAAGCUUGUGCCACCCCUUCCUGCCAAGCGCUAUGCUGUCAGUGUGCCUAAGGAGGCUCUGGAGGUGCCACCUCCCCUGCCCAGGCGGCCCCCUGUGCCCCCGCCAAGAGAGAUCAGCCCCAGGGCUUCUCCUCCAGCAAACCAAUCACCUGUGGAUGACCCAUCAGAGGUUGACAAAGUGCCAGACGUUCCUCCUAGAAACAAAUUUUCCCAGCAGCCUGUUGUCCUGCCUCUCCCGCCACAGAGAAGACCCCCAAAGUUGCCUAACAUUAGCUCUCUCUCCACAGACAGCUCUGAGGACUAUGAAGAUCCAGAUAUACAGAACCCCUACCUGUGUGACCCCAUAGACAUGACAGAUAAGGAGGAGCGUCUGGCUGUGCCUAGGUUAGAGAAGAGGCGAUUCAACAGCCUGUGCAGUGAUGAUGAACAACUGGAUGAAGAGGACAGCUAUGAAACCAUCCUGCAAGACAGGGUGUGCCUGCAGGACUAUGGGCUGAGCACCCUCAAGGAAACUCGUCACCCUCCACCGAUGGGGAGGCGACCAUCAGCAGGGGUCAAAGACGGAAACGAUAUGUCCCAGCUUACUCCAGUCAUCAAAAUGGGCUGGCUGGACAAAAACCCUCCACAGGGCUCAUUAAUCUACCAGAAGCGCUGGGUGAAGCUCGAUGCUGAUUACUUGAGGUACUUCGACAGCGAUAAGGACAUGUAUUCGAAGAGAAUCAUACCAACAGCGUCCAUUACCCACAUUGCCAAUGUUGGGGACCAGAAGUUUGAGGUGGUCACGCACAACAGGACCUUUGUGUUCAGGGCUGAGAGUGACUUGGAACGGAAGGAGUGGGUGACAGUGCUGCAGGAGACAAUUAGGGACCAAAGGGCGACCAACAAGGAUCUGUCCUCCAGCCCCCCUGCCGAGAUGGAGAGUUAUCUGGAGCUGAGAGGCCUGCGCUCCAAGCUCUACGUGGUUGUCUCUGGGGAAAAAGUGUUUCUCUACAAGAAUAUGGAUGAUUAUAAAUUGGGCAUUGGGAUCACAUCCAUAGACAUGAAUGUGGGUAACGUGAAAGACACUGACAGAAGAUCCUUUGAUCUCACUACACCUUACAGGAUUUUCAGCUUCGUGGCAGAGUCGGAUGUGCAGAAGGAAGAGUGGGUGGAGGCGAUGCAGAACUCCAUCGGGGAAGCCCUCUCCAACUAUGAGGUGGCCAAGAAAAUCUGGGCAGAGGAGUCCAACGGGUUCUGCGCAGACUGCGGGGCCGCCAAACCCGAAUGGGCCGCAAUUAACCUCUGCGUGGUGUUCUGCAAGCGCUGUGCAGGUGAGCACAGAGGACUUGGCCCAAGCAUAUCUAAAGUGCGAAGUCUAAAGAUGGACAAAAAAGUAUGGAUCGAUGACCUAAUUAAGCUGUUCUCGGUACUUGGCAACCAGAGAGCAAAUUCUUUCUGGGCUGCAAACGUUCCACCAAGCGAGGCCCUGUCCCCGGCGAGCUGCAGUGAGGAGAGGAGAAAAUUCAUUGCUGCCAAAUACCGUGAAGGGAAGUAUCGCCGAUACCACCAGCUCUUUGGAAACCAGGAAGCACUGGACAACGCUCUGUGCAUCAACGUCCAAUCAGAUGAUGUGCUGGAAACUCUGUCUUUGGUGUUUUGUGGGGCCAAUGUGAACUGCGACACAGGAAAUCCUGAUUUCCCCACUCCCAUCUCCCUGGCUCAGAGCUAUGACCAGAAACUCCAGGUGGAAUUCCUAACUCAGAACAGAAACACAGAGAUUCCGAGGUCGGAGGUGGGAGGUCACAUGGACACAGUGCACUACAUGGCUCCACCCUCCAUCACACACAAUGGAUUUCUGUACAAGACUGCCUCCAUGGGGAAGCCUAUCACAGAGCGGAAAGCUAAAGAAGAAUUUAGUCGGCGGUGGUGCACUUUGAACGAUGGGAAUUUCAGCUACUAUGACAGUGACAGAAAUUCCACACCCAAUGGGGAACUCAAGAUGAAGGAUGUCGCCUGCCUUGUAGUCAAUCCUCCAGAAAAACAUGGAUAUGACUAUACAUUUGAGAUUUACACAGAGUUGGAACGGCUUUACCUGUUUGGAACGGAUAACUCGGAGCACAUGAGAGAAUGGGUGAAGUCUAUUGCCAAGUCUUUUAUCCCAUCCAGUGCAGAGGACUUGCUGAACUGGGAUUUUGAAAGGAUCGGAAAACUGCAGUAUAAGGACGGACUGAACCUCCAGAGUGCCAAGACAGGCUGGUUUGCUCUGGUAGGUUCCACACUGCACGCCUGCUUUGAAGACAGUGAAGGGGAGGAGGCUAUUCACCUGAAGAAACUACAGGAGCUGUCAAUUCAACAGGAAAAUGAAGUACUUGUGUUGGUGGAGCGAAGAAGGACACUGUACAUCCAAGGGGAUCGGAAGCUGGAUUUUCUGGGCUGGUCAACAGCCAUCCAGCGGGCAGCAGGGAGCUCAGGAGACACACUGAGCCAGCAGCAGCUCACAGAGUCAGACAUACCGGUGAUAGUGGACAGGUGUAUCGACUACAUCACGCAGUGCGGGCUGACUUCAGAGGGGAUCUAUCGGAAGAGUGGGGUGAACUCCAAGAUUGCCAGCCUGCUGGAGUCUUUCCGGAAGGACGCUCGCAGCGUGCGACUGAAGGAAGGAGAGCACCAGGUGGAUGAUGUGUCUAAUGUGCUCAAGAGGUUCUUCAGAGAUGUGAAAGAGGGCAUCUUCACCAGCGGGGCUGCUGUUGAGUGGCUCAACACCCCAGCUGUAGCAGAUGAGAGCCAGAAGAUCCUUUUAUAUCAGUCUUUGCUGAACAACCUGCCGCGAGUCAACAAAGCCACUUUGAAAUCUCUUGUCAACCACCUGUACUGUGUCCAGCGUUUUGCAGACAUGAAUCAGAUGAAUUUGCACAACCUGGCCAUUGUUUUCGGACCUACGCUCUUCCAGACUGAUGGCAAGGACUACAAUGCUGGCAGAGUCAUUGAGGAACUUAUUGGCCUCUAUGUGGCUAUUUUUAAUGUGAACGAACAGCAACUAAAGAAACAGCUGGAUGAGAUCACAGCCAUCAUUAAGCUACGGGAAAUUAACUCCAGCAGCAAGGCCCAACAUGCGGGGGAUUUUAUUUGCACAGUUUACCUGGAGGAAAAAAAGGAGACGGCUGAACAGCAUGUAAAGAUCCCAGCUACCAUGACGGCAGCGGAACUAGCCUUUGAGAUUCUGGACCGGCGAAAAAUUGCAGUCCGAGACAAGGAUUACUGGUGCUGCUUCGAGGUGAACGAGAAGGAAGAGACAGAGCGACCAUUACACUACCAGGAGAAGGUGCUGCCCAUCCUUCACUCAAUGGGAACAGAAAGCUGUGUGGUAGUGAAGAAGCACUUCUCUAUGGAAGCCAUGCUUAUAUAUCUGGCUAGUAAAGUGGACGACUCGAAGCAUGGCAUGAUGAAGUUCCGUGAGGAGAGGAACCUCCUGGGCUUAGGUCUGAACACCGGCAGCUUCCAUGACCGAUACUUCAUCUUAUCCAGCACCACUCUGAGACUCUACAAAGAAGUGCGGAGUAUUCAAAGGCUCCAGAUUCCUGAGCUGCAGUGUAGCCAUCGGCCAGAGAAAGAGUGGGCCGUCAAAUCACUAAAGGUAUACCAGGGAAUUAAGAAGAAACUGCGACCUCCAACUUGUUGGGGCUUGACAGUUGUAUAUCAGAAUGAGAAACAAGAAAAGCAGCAGUGGUAUCUUUGCUGUGACACCCAAACCGAAAUGAGAGAGUGGUUUGCCACCUUUAUGAGCAUACAGAAUGAUGGCAACAUGUGGCCUUCAGAAUCUGUGAAGAUGCGAGCAUCUCGUGUGCAGCUUGAUACCAGGUUGGGUAAUAGAUCUUUAAUCCCGCUGAGGGGCAGCGAAAACGAGAUGAGAAACAGCGUGGCUGCUUUUACUGCUGAUCCGCUUGCUCUCUUCCGAAAUGUAUGAAAGUUCAGCUUAACAUUCAGUAAGAAGCAGCCAGCACAGGACAAGCAGGAGGAUGACUGUUUAAGAGGUCUUCUGGCAGAGAUGGAAGAUGGAAUCUAAAACAAUUUUUUGCACAAAGACUUUACUGUGUUCUCUGACCAUACGGACUGUAAAAAAAUCAAGGAGGCCUCAGAAGGGCUUAUAUACUUCCAUGCUCAAGUGAAAGGCCAGUUGGCAGUGAUUUAUUCAGACACAACACACUCUGCCUCUUUUCUUAUCAUCCCUUCUGGGUAAAUUUCCCACAGAUUUUGAAAGUUGCACGUCUACACUUGGUGAAGCCGGGGACUAGGCAUGCCUGAAGGCACAUAACCACAGCCUCCUCUCCCAAGCUGUUUCAGUGUUAAAAAGCUCUGGUAAAGACUGGUAUGAUAGGCACUGUGCCUUUCAAAGAGGGGCUAAGGUGAACAAAAAAGUGCAAUCAAGUCUAUCCCUACCCAUUUUUCCAUUGUGUAUUGGAACCUCUGUGUUCAAUAAAUAACUGAAUCCAGUGGAGACGUGAUGGUUCUCCAGACGUCUUGAAAAAAUGAAAACCUGUGACUGAAUGCAUCAAAAGUUUGUUGUUCUUGUUCUGUUAAUCAUCAUCAUUGUACACUCUGGACAAAAAAAAUACUGAGAAUAAUAACUUUGGCUUAUGUGUGUUUAUCCUCAAAAGACUAUAAAAGAGAAAGCAUGCUUCUCUAUUGGAUCAACUCAUUGACGUUCCAGAUUGAUAGGUGUCAUUUGACUGAGGGAUAUACUGUAUGUCUGAGGUCUUUGGCAAAAUGAUUAAUAUUUACACAUUUUAAAUCUUUAAUUUCAUUUCAUUAAAAUAAACACUUCUGGUUUGCUCUGUAGAAGAGUUAAUGCUAUGCACCAGUAACUAAUUUUUAAACUAUUAAACUUUUAAAAUAUCAGUUUAACAAAAGGAAGCCUUCCAAGCUUUGCUUUCUUUAGCUUUGUUUUUGAAAGGUUAAUAAGAAGGUAUGUCUUGGCAACUUAAUUGAAUGUUCUUAAAAUGUUUUUUUGUUUAAUUUAUUUGUAUGGCAGCAUUUUAGUCUCCACAUUUCUUAUGUAAUUGUGGAGGCAAAUGACAGUAGAGAAAUUCACUUCUUUAAAAAAAGUCUUUGUAUAAAAUGAUCUAGAGCAGACUUUUCUGUCAAUCUCUCCCAAGUCCAAACACAAAGUUUGAUAGACCUGCUAGAACCCAAUUGUCAACCGUAAAAGUUGUUGUAAUAAACUAACUUGGAUUUGGUAGGGAAAUAAAAAUUUUAGAAGAUUGCAAGAACAAUAUUAGGGGAAGCUGAGGAAGAAAUUCAGAGACAAAUAGUAUUGUUUCCAAAGUAUACAUAGUAUAAAAGGUCAGUAUCUCCUGGGGGGGUUGGUAAUACAAAGAAAAUCUUACUUUUUAUACAGUCAUUUCAUUUUUUCUUUUGUAAUUAAACUUAAAUCAUUAAGUGCCUUGGCUUUGCAAAUUAAGCAACUUGGAUACUUUGCAUUUCAGAAAAAUACAGACAUUGAUUUCUCUUUAGCUUAAUGGGCUGAAAGGUGGCAUUGUAUUUUGUAGUAUAAAACAGAAUAUGAGAACACAAAUAACCCCAGUGAAUAUUCCCUGUUUUGUAUUAAAGAGUGAGCCUUCAUUUCAUAUCUUCAUUAUAGAAAUUGCUAUAAACGCUCUUAGUAAAUCACAGAGUGCUGGAAUUCAGAAGGCUGUCGUGAGUUUGUUCUUCUCUCAGACAUUUAGGAAAUCUGAAGAUUGAAAGAAAAUCCACUGGUAGAAUCCCACAGAAUCCCAUUGUCUUGUAUUAAUGUCUAUUUACAUACAUCAAAGGUUUCAGAAACACUAGAAAAAAACAUCACUCUGCACAUGAUGGACAUCAGGAACCUCUGUUCUUCCCAUAACAGAAAGCCACAUACUGUACCUUGCAACACUACAUCCUUUGCAGAUGGUUGGGUAAAAUUCUCUCCUGCUUUUUCCCAGCUACUGUCGUGAAAGCCCUGAGAUAUCCAUUGACACAAGACGAAGCCGUCUCUGUGUUUUGCUUACUCUUGAUUAUACGCCUCUGAAAAUGUGUGUGCUUUUUCAUCCGAAAUGGGGAAAGAGGUACGCCAUCACAGGACACAUAAAGCCUUUCCUUCACAUAAGAAAGCAGAGAAGUUUUAGAGUUAUAGAAGUUGUUACAUGAAUUCUUAGCACGUUGUUCUAUUGAUGGGUUCUCUUGUAUAGUAAUUCUUAUUCAUGUAAGGUUGUGCUGUCUGGAAAGUACAGUUCAGCACUUGUGGCAGUCUUCAUUACACCUUGUGACUUUCUUCUUUCUCUGUUUGUACAGUAUGUUGCAGUUUACAUGUAUGUGCUUUGCUCUUCCUGUCAUCUUGUGAAUGUUUAUGAAAUUCAUUCAUUCAAUGUUGAUUUGUAUAAAGUGUUUGCAUAUUAAUUUUAGAGUGUACCUUUUUAUCAUUUGUAAAAAAUGUAGCAAUAACUGGGAAGCUACUGUAGAAAUUGAAGGUGACUCAACUUAAAGUGCAAAUGCAUGGUUUCAAUGGAUCACCUUCUAAUUAAGCAAUAAACCAUUACUGUAAUCUG